AAGCGUAGAGACCAGAGAGUCCAGAGUCCAGAGAGCUCUGAGCUUUGCUCUGAGGUAGUGAGGUGGAGCCUGCCUCGCCCCUCCCCCUCACCGGUCACCACUCCCCUCCGCCCAUGGCGCCCAUCUCUGCAGCCCUCGCCAUCUCCUUCCUCCCGUCCCCUAAUCGCUUCCCCGUCCCCACUACGGCCUCCUCGUCCUCGCGCAUAAAGAGGACGGCACGCUUCAGAUGCUGCGCGGAUCCUUCUUCCCAGUCCCAGAAGCAGGAUACCGCGGCCGCUCCUCCUACCCUGCCGCCGGAGAAGCCCACAAAAGAGUCCACUUCGUCUCUGCUGGGCAUUUCCACGAGCACCUGGUCUGCGGGUGUCGCUGGGCUGGGGUUCCUGGAGACUGGCUACCUCACGUACCUCAAGCUCACGGGAUCCGAGGCGUUCUGCCCCAUCAGCGGCGGAGGCUGCGGCGACGUCCUCGACAGCGACUACUCCGCCAUCUUUGGGAUACCCCUUCCCUUAGUUGGUCUGGUGGCAUAUGGUUUGGCUACAGCACUUUCUCUGCAAGAAAAUGGAACUGACUUACUCCCUGGAUUUGAUGACCUGGAUAUUCAGUUAACAUUGCUUCUAAUUGCUACUUCUAUGGCGACUGCAAGUGCUUAUUUUCUUUACAUUCUAAGCACUAAAUUUGUUGGAGUAUCCUGUUCGUACUGUUUGUUGUCAGCAGCUCUCUCGUUCACUCUACUUUUCAUCAGAGUAAAGGACUUUGGUUUUGAACGUAUCAAGAAGUUCGCUGGUAUUCAGUUAGCUGUAGCUGUCAUUAUAGCUCUAGCUUUGACAAACUCAUACAGUUCAGCUACUACUCAGUUGAAGGGCACAGAUGAUUUUGUAUUAGAACCAUAUGAAACAGAGAUAACAACUGAAUCAUCCCCAUUCGCUAUAGCAUUGGCUAGACAUUUGCACUCUAUAGGUGCUAAGAUGUAUGGAGCAUUCUGGUGUUCUCAUUGCAAUGAACAAAAACAGAUGUUUGGUCGUGAAGCUACAAAAAUUCUAGACUAUGUGGAGUGUUUCCCAAAUGGGGCAGGUAAGGGAAAGAAAAUGACUUCAGAAUGUCAAGCUGCUGGUCUUGAAGGUUUUCCAACAUGGUUCAUCAAUGGAAAGGUUCUCAGCGGUGAUCAGGAGCUUGAAGUUCUGGCGGAAGCAUCAGGCUUCGUUGCUGAGGGUACAGAACAAUCCAAGGAAAUAGCACCGAAUUGAUAUAAUAAAUUUACUAUAAUCUUGGUGGAGUCUUCAGACAUCAAUCAAUAUCCCGAAAUAUGCACUCGAGCAGUUGCAUCCGAAGGUCGCAUGGUCUACUUGACAACUAACCAUUGUAAUUUGUAGCAACUCUGCUUGCUCUGCGAGAAGAGGAAACAAACCACAUGUCCAAGGCAGCUUGUUGUACAACCAUUUUGUAGUCCUAGUUUGUACUGUAAAUGUGUAAUCCUUUGAAAACGCGCGCUUUCUCAUUUGACGUAUAUAUAAAGUACUAUGUAAUGCCAUUCCCGCUUGUAUGAAGUUUAAGUUGACACAACAGUUGGAGCGCCUUUGAUAGCCUCUUCGUGUUGAUUAAUUAUGUUAAAUGAAAUGUUUUGUA